GGACCAUAAAAUACGCAGUUUAUUGAAUCAAAAUGUUUCUGUACGGUCUAUUUCUAAAAGUUGUUUUAUUUCUUGCUCUGUUUUUAUCUUUCAUCAACAUGGAUCCACAUGUUUGUAUUGACAAUAGUUCCAUAACAGGAUCUAUUGUUUGCUGUGCAAAUUACUAUAGAAACGAAAAAGGAGAAUGCAGUUCUUGUGCACCAGGAUUCUACGGUGAUUUCUGUGAGAAUCCUUGUCCCCCUGGAACAUUCGGGGAAUAUUGUGGUGGACAAUGUGCCUCUGUGUGCAGCUUUGAAGAAUGUGAUCCCGUUAGAGGCUGUGUCCUUAAAAAGGAAGAUGUGACUGUCACUAACAUUGAAUCACGGGCGACGAUAUUUAAUAUAUCAGUAAAUACCAAACAACUUUUAUUCUCUGGUUUUACAAUUGCACUGAAUACAAAUUUGAGCAGCACAACUCUAUCAACUACUUUCUCGGUCAAACAUGUUCCAAAUACUUCUAAGGGACAGCUGAAUAUGUAUUUACUGGUUUUCAUGGGAAUAGUUAUAGUUUUACUCUUCAUAGUUGUAAUAAUUCAAUUACGAUCAAAAUCUAGACGAGGAAGAAUGUCAAGCCAGAAAUCUACAGGUUACGGAGAUAUAAAGAAUCAGAGAGAUGUCGAAGGUGAUUAUCUAAAUAAUGAACCUGAAUAUCAAGAAAUCGACCAGUACUUGGGAAUACUUAAUGUUUCCGAUGAAGUAAACAAGAAAUCUACAAAUAAGAUAUUGGAACCAUUACCAGAUAUGAAGGAUUGUUACUUAUCCCCAAUUUCAGGAAAGGAAAAGUCAGACACAAAAACAAAAGAUGAAAACCACAAAUUAUUCCCAAAGGCGGAAAGCCUAGAGAAACUAUCUCUAAGAGAGCCUUUUAGCAAACUCAAAGUGGAGGAGAAUGUAACAUUUGAACAAAAACAUUCAUGCACAGAUUUUGAAGAUCAGAAUGGUGACGAAUAUCAUGGGGCCCCCUGCUCUUCCGUCUCUUCAGAAGAAAAGGUCUCACUUAAUAGUGAAAUGAUUAAAGAAGAAGUGGAUGGCGGAAACAUUGACUCUUAUCUUCACGUGGUGUUUAAAUAAUGAUAAAAAUAUCAAUGAUUAUAAAUAAAAAAAUGAUCUUAACAUUUCGUUCGCACUUGUAAUGAUAUUUUUAGAAAAAGUGUUUAUAUAAGAACCUAUUUUAAUGGUUUCUGUGUAAUCUAAAUUCGUAUGCUGUACAUUAAUAUUAUUGCAAAACCUGUAAAUACUUUUUAAAAUAGGGUCAAAAAAUGUCUAACGACAUGGAAAGUUAUGACUGCUCUAUUGAUGCAAAAAUAAAAACUACACUCCUAGGCCCGUGACCUUGUUAAAAGACAACGAGGAGUGUUGUGCUUUGUGAAUAUGUAUCUGAAGAAGCCCUCUAGUCUCUGAGUCAUUUUUGAAUACUCCGAACAGCAUGUGAAUCUCGGUUACAUAAAAAAAAUUGUCAUCUUAUCAUGGAUAAAUUUAAUCAUAAUUGUGGUCAAAGAUCAAAAGAUACAAUUUAUCAUUAAGUAAAGUGCUGGCUGGUGUUUUUCAUACUAAUUGUUAGUCAAUUAUUUAAUUUAUUUAUUUACAUUUAAUUUAGACGGAUUUUCCCGUUAUUUCCGUAUAUCACGACAAGGAGCACACGGCGGGUGUGACCGGUCAACAGGGGAUGCUCACAACUCCAUGUUACCUGACCCCACCUCUGAUGUUUCGGAGGUCCGUGUUUGCUAUGCUUCUAUGUUGUAUUGUUUUAUGUAUUGUUUUAUGGACUUUAUUAUUGAAUUCUGUGCGUUAUCUUCAUAUCCUUCUUCAUACAUUAUAUUGUCCUAUUUGUCUUACGGAUGAACAGUUAACCAAUGUGUUGUUGCAUUAUUUGACAUAUGUAUAUUCCCAUAGUGCCAGGUGCAGUUUCGGCAAAUUUCACUCAAUUCUUGUAUAAUAUAUAUAUGUUUGAAGUGUAAUGUCAUUUAUUUUCUCUUUAUUGGUCUGAACUUUCCCUUGUGUGGCCAAGUCAGGGCGUAUUCAGACCCAUUUUUAUAAUUUUUCGGUUAAGAAGUUGUUAUUACUGGAACUGUGGAUUAUUUCCCAUUAUAAAAUUGGCUUAUUUUUCAUCUUUAUAUUUUGUGCCAUUGUUAAUAAUAAUAAAAAUUUGAGCAUUUCAAUUAAACGUCA